CAAAAUCUCCAACUCUUUCGGCACUUUUGUCUUCUCUCACUCUACAUAAAACAGUGUGUGUGUUUCUGUUUCCCACACAGAGACAAUGGCCUUCCCUCCCUCUCCCUCCCACGUAUAUAUCUCCUCUCACAUAUAUACACGCAUUCUCCAUCGCACAUCCAAAACCAAUUCCAAUUCCAAUUCCACCAAUCAAUGGGCCUACAGAACCACCUCUCCGACCUCUCCUCCGAAUCAAUACUCAUAAUCACCGUGGUUCUCCUCGGAAAAAGCUUCAGCUACCUCCAUUCCCUAAUCCUCACCUUCCUCCACAACCUCGGCCUCCUCUCCCGGCCUCCGCCCUUCCACGCCGACCGCGACUUCGUCUCCGCCUUCAACCACGUCGUCGGCUCCGGCCUCGCCGUCCUCUGCGACCAGCUCGCCCUAAACCACGGCUGCUCCUACCAGGAUCCGGACGCCGACUGCGCGGUGUGCCUCAACCGCCUCGCUCGCGGGGACCGCGUGCGCAGGCUCGCGUGCCGCCACGUCUUCCACAAGGACUGCUUCGACGGCUGGCUUCACCACCUCAACUUCAGCUGCCCACUAUGCCGCGCUCCUGUGGUCUCCGACGACCACGUCGACUGCGCGCGGCAGACCAUCUGCUGGAUUGGCUCCCACCUCACGGCGCGUGAAUCGAAUUCCCCCCCUUUUUUGCCCUAAUUUUUUUGUGAUCGUUUAUUCUCUUCACUUUCGGGGGUACAUUAGACUUUUUACCCCUUUUAGUUGCAUUGCUUUGUUCCUUUUUGCCUAGGGACAAAAGGUGAUUCGCUCACCCCAGGCGCCCCCAUAACCCGGCCCGACAUCGCUAUGGAGGGGUUCAAACACGGUACCUCAGCGGCCCAUUAGGUGGGAGGAACUUACACUGGUAACCAGCACACAAGGAGCCACCACAGUGGUGAAACUCACCCACUGCGGCUGUCAGCAUUCGAUCCUGUCUGCUUAGGGACAAUCUACCACCCAGGAACCAACUGAGUUAAGCCCGUGCGGGCACUUUGUUCCUUUUUGCCUUUCCAAUUGGAAGUGGGUUGGUUUUGCAACUGUUUUUUCCGACUUUGGAAUAUGUUUUCUUUUAAUUUUUUAAUAUGAAUAACUGUGUUUACUAGUUAAGUAUAUUUGUUGUUGGAUCAUUAUGCAUUUAUUUUGUCCGA